CACCAAACGACGUCGUGGUAGUCGUUAUCAGCACAGUCUGUAUUUUUAAUGAUCCCUUUGCCCAAACGUAGCGCCAAAUCCCCCAUGGCGCGAACCAUCGGAAACAAAUCGGGUCUUCACGACCUCCUGACCCGAUUCGUUAUCUCACGGCGGCCAUUGCAAACCGUAGCAUACGAAGAGCUCCGGCCCUCCACCGACACAAAACCCUACCACUCCACCGCUUUUGUCCUCCAUGGCCUCCUGGGCUCCGCCAGAACCUGGAGAUCUUUCUCUCGCACCCUCCUCUCCAAUCUCUCCAGCCCAUCUGGUUGGAGGAUGGUGCUUGUGGAUUUGAGGAACCAUGGGAGGUCAGCUGAGAUCGAAGGUCUGAACCCACCUCAUGAUUUGGUCAAUGCGGCCCAUGAUUUGGCUCAUUUGAUUCAGACUCGAGGUUGGGCCUGGCCCGAUGUUGUUCUUGGCCACUCGUUUGGUGGUAAGGUUGCUCUGCAAUUUGCACAAAGCUGUGUUCUUGGUCACUAUGGUGACUCUGCUAAGGUGCCCAAGCAGCUCUGGGUAUUGGAUUCUCUUCCAGGAGAAGUGAACCCUGAAAACAGAAAUAAGGAAGUUGAGAGAGUUUUGCACACAUUGCAGAGUCUACCUUCAUCAGUUCCAUCACGAAAGUGGCUUAUGAAUCAUUUGACUGAACUUGGGUUCUCAAAAUCAUUGUCACAUUGGAUAGGCAGCAACCUCAAGAAACAUGGAGAUCACGAGACAUGGGCGUUUGAUCUUGAUGUUGCUGUCCAGAUGUUUAAUUCUUACCAGGAAAAGUCUUAUUGGCCUCUGUUGGAGCACCCCCCGAAAGAUAUGGAGAUAGCUGUUGUGCGCGGUGAGAACAGUGAUCGUUGGGACGUGGAAGAUAUUGAACAGCUUGAAAGCCUUGCCAACCGGGAAGGAGAUGGAUCGGAGGGGAAGGUUUCAGUUCACGUUCUUCCGGAAUCAGGCCAUUGGGUUCAUGUAGACAAUCCAAAAGGACUUCUUGAGAUUGUGGCACCAAAGAUUUCAUCCCUUAGACCAUAAACCAUAGUUGGAUUUUAAAAGUCAUCUACCACAGAAGAGAUAUAGUGGAUUAGUGAUUUCUUUCUUAUGACUUUACCAUUUGUGCUGGCACCCAGCACCUUCAUGGGAUGAAUGCGUCUGUGUUAAUAAUAUUGAUACUAACUCUCUAGCCUUAAAUGUACAAACCUGAGAAUUACAAAAUUUAUGCUUGCAUUUAGAGAUAUAUCCUUUUGUAUUUCAAUUAUUCACUUAUAAUAAGCAUUUUUAUCA